CGAUAGAUCUGAGCGACAUGAAGAAGACAUCUACUUUCUCGCGCGAGAAUGUUACACAUUCUAACAAUUAGCACCUGAGCUUCGACUGGAGACGGGGUCAAGUGGUAACCGUGUAAAUCUUGCAUAUUCCAGUUUUCUUUUUUCUUGGCCACUUCUCACCCAUUCAGUGGAAUUGCUGCCAAUUCCAAACGCCCAUCAUUCUAAGUGUUUGAGCAACCUGUUAUUUUCGCAAAACUGCAUUUAGUUGCAGGUAAAACUUUCUUCGCGAUGGGUGCACUUCUUUGGAAGUUCUUCUGGGGACUGAUCUUGGUUUGUAGUUUGAAAUUGGUUCACAGCUUUCUGGUCUUUCCAAGGCAGGGAUCUUUUGGUUUGCUGGCUGCCGUGGCCAUUCCUUUGGAUUUGUCGCCUAAAACUGUUUACAUGGCUUUCAACUUUGAGUCCAACUAUGCACUGCCCUCUAAUGAUUCAUACAAUCAGUGGAUUGAUAGGUGGCAACUUGACGAACACUUUUUGGGCGUUCCUGGCAAUGUGACCCCCAUCAAUGCCCGUCACAAGGCCAGCGAGGAUUUGGUCCCCCAAAAUGAGAGCAAUGAGGACGAAGAUUCCGAAGUGAGACGCCGCUCGGUGGGUUCACCACCACCUAUCCGGCGGCGUGAUUUCUACCGUGGCAUCAUGAACUAUCUAACCCACUAUGGAUACAAUGGCUCCGCCUGCCUGCUCCGCGUCAUCUGCGAGGUCAGCGAAUCACCUUUAGAUGCCCACAAUGGCCUGUUGGGCAGUCUCUUUCAGGUUCUAUUCAUGCCGACGACGAGUGCCGCGGAAGAGGAACUGCAGCACGUGGACGAGCUGUACGAGGCCACCGAUGCGGGCACGCGUGGCCUGGGCUGCUCCGAUUACGUGGCCAACUGUAGACACAGUGCCCUGGACCUGAUAAGCCUGGUGCUCUGA